CUUUGUGAUUUUGAUCUGAAUCAAGAGGUCUGUUCAGAUGAUAUGGAACGUCUAGUUAAUCCUGUGUCGACCCCUGUUUCUGUGGUUUCAGCUUCUAGACCAGUAGCAGCACCUGGGUUGCCUGCGGCCCCUCUGCAGUUUGAAGGGACUCUUGGAUGGAAAGGAACUGCUGCUACUAGUGCUUUUCGUCGUGCAUCCCCUCGAAGAGUCUCUGACUCUGAGAAAACAUCUCUCACUAUUGGGGGAAUCAGCAACAGUUCAAAACAGAGGCCAGAUUGCCUCGAAAUUGAUCUGAAUGUGGCUGAGUGUGGAGAUGAUAAACUUGUUGAUGUAGUUGCAGAGAAACAGAUUCCACUUCCAGUUUCAUCUGGUCUCCAUUCUGCAGAAUCUUCGUUGGAUGUGAGUCCAAGAAGAUCAGAGAGAUUGAAGCUGGAUUUAAAUCGUAUCAGUGAUGAUAGUGAUGCUCCACCUACAGAUCUGAGGAUGGAUGGACGGUUCCAUUACAACCGGAAUGGCCAUCGCAGUCCAUCUCCUGCAUCCUCAUCGUCAUCCAUGCAACCGCCUUCCCUGAGGAACAUUGACUUGAAUGACAGACCAUAUUUGCAGAAUGAUUUUUCAGAUCAAGGACUCUAUCAUGGUAAAUUUCCCCAAAAUGUGAGUGCUUUUGGGGCAGUGUCUAAAUCAGAUGAGCCUGUUAUAUCUCUCAUGGGAACCAGAGUGGAAGUCAAUAGGAAGGGUUUUGUUCCUCAGGCUGCACCCUUGUCAAAUGGAAAGGCACUUGAAAAUGCCAUGGAUACUAAUAUGGCAAGGACUGGAAGUGUUUUGGCAUUGGGUCCUACAGUGUCUUACACACAUUCCCCUGUUUUGGGAUACAAUGGAUUUGCAGCUGCAACCACAUUGUCUUACUCUUCGCCCAUGUAUGGACCAGCAAGCUCAAUUCCUUAUAUGGUGGAUUCAAGAGGAGCCCCUGUUGUGCCCCAGAUUGUGGGUUCUGCAGCAGCUGUUCCGCCAUCUUAUUCCCAAUCGCCAUUCAUGAUGAGCCCGAGCAGUGGACCUUCUGGAUUAAAUGGGGCAGGGCCUUCACGGCCUAACUUUGAUCUGAAUUCUGGUUUUCCAGUUGAGGGAGGAAAUAGGGACUCGCUUGGUCUGAGACAGCUUUUCAUGCCUGGUCAAGGCCGUUCAAUGGAGGAGCAUUUAAGGGUAGGCUCGCAACCGUCGUCAAGUUCUGGGGUUGGUGGGAAAAGGAAGGAACCUGAUAGUGGGUGGGAAGCGUACCCAUAUAAUUAUAGAAAUCAGCAGCAGCCUCCAUGGAAAUAGGAAGUUAAUAUUUAUCAUUGCUCCUUCCUCCCUUGGCAAUCAAUCAUAAAGCCAAUCAAGCUGAUUGAUGCUCGCAUUGCCAAGGUAAUUGAGAAGAGUGAGUAAGCCCAUUGGCUUUGACGGGACGGGAGGGGAAUUAGAACUGAAUAAAAGAAGGCCAUUGCAAACAUAGAAGGCAUGGUACAUGAUGUAGCUGUAACUUCUCCCAUAUAUAUCACAGAAAUUUUAAAGAAGCUGGUCAGUGGUGCUUAUAUUUUACAAUGUAAUUGAUUUUAUCUCA